GGUAUUAUUGACGAUCGUGUUCCAUGGUUUUUGGGCACACAGAUAUUGCGGGUGUUUUGAUUUCUUCCCGCUUUAGGAUUGUUGUUAUUCGAGGAGCAUGGUUGAUGGAUCAAUCGCAGUAAAUUGAAUAUCAUCAACUUCACCAUGUCGUAUACCAAUAAUCAUCGUGCGCUUUUACAAGUGAUAAUGGAACGUGGAGCUGUGAGCACUGCCGACGCGAGAGAGCUAAUUGUCAAGUUAUUUCAACAGAACGAAAGCACGCAGUCUUACGUACAUCAAAUCAAUGUUCAGCUGGAACCUUUGAACAUGACCAUAAAACGUGUAACCUGUGAAUUGACAGGUCACAAGUUUUGGAUUCUGAUCAGUACUUUGAUCGACAAAACUGCCAGCUUCCAGAAUGAAUUUUCACCUGCCCAGCUGGAACUACUCAGAAAAGUUUUAUCUGAAAUCAUUACUUCGGACGAUGGUUGUGCUCCUAGCACUGUGUGCUUGAAUUUGUGCUCUUCUCUCGACACUCAGAUGUCAAAAGCAGAUGCAGAACAUUUUUUGGCAGUGAUGGUGGAGAAAAAGUGGUUUGUCAAACAGCACGGUAAAUUUUACAUGGGUGUGCGCAGCAUAGCAGAGUUGAUUCCGUACUUCAGAGCUACUUACUCCGAAGAAGCUCUCAAAACUUGUGCUCUUUGCCGUCAAAUGGUUUUCCAUGGUGAACGCUGCGUUCACUGUCACAACGUUUUACAUAUGCUUUGUUUUGCGAAUUGUGCGAGAGUACAAAAUCCACCAAAGUGUCCCAGCUGCAACACUGUCAUGCCCACAGACAACAUUAACGAUCUUGAUGCAUACAAUGAUCAUGUGUUGCAUUUGCCGGAAAUAAGUUUAGAGCCUGGAAAUAGUGUGAACCGAACGACAAAUUCUACGAAAAAAAGGAAAUACAGCGCUAGGUAAACAUGAUAUCUACAGACUGUAAUCAAACGCUGGUCUUUGUGAAUCUGCAAUUUGGUUCUGGCGUUCAGUGUAUGAUGUACCUUUAGAAAAUAUAUUAAGUACUAA